AUGUGGAUCCCUAACUUCGACAUUGAGAACCCAACGGAUGAUGGUAGUCGGAUGGAAUGCGAACCUUUCGGUUUUGAGUGGUGCACUUUCAUGCGUCAACUAGUCGAUACAUGGAAGUUUCCGGUUAUGCAUUUUGGCGUUGUGCUUCCGCCCUGGUUUCUUCUGUCCUGGCUUCGGUGGAUACCUAUGUGUCAAAAGACGAAAGUUGAGUCAUUGGACAACUGUUCGAAUGACAAUCGUCAGUGCUCAGCAACCACGGAUUUCAAAUCCACCAAAAGUGCAGAGGCGCCACUCGACCUCCGAAUGAACAGCCUAGUCCGACACACGUUAGAGGAUACCAAAUAUUUGAUGCCACCGGUCGUUCCCGUUACUUGCUUUGGCUGUUUUGGUCACAGCUCAGAUGUCACUCCUGAUCAACGCACUCCUCAAACCCGACUUACUUGUGGACGAAAACACGAAUCAGGUGACGCAGCAAGCUUCGUCAACUGCCCUACCAAAUCAUUGCCAUCAACACUUGCUAGAAGACCCAAGUUGGCCCAUGGAAAGACCGGCUCCGGCCCCGGUAAACAGCCAGUGACACGGUGCUACCAGUGUAAAAAGUUAUUCCCCACACUACUGGAAUUAAAUGCCCAUUUUGUGCUGGAGCACGCAUGCGUCUUGAGAACGGAAUUGCAACACACGAAGUCAUGGAGGUCGCAUGCACUAGAGUCCUUGUGUGUGACCACGGAGUCAGAAACAGCAGCAACCUCCGGGCCAGCAAACUCUCCAGGCUACCCUUGUCCUUAUUGUGACUACUUUGCUAAGUGGCCAACGGAGCUUCAAAAACACAUUAUGGUGCAUUCGAAGGAACGUCCGCACCGCUGCGUUGUCUGUGGUUUAUCUUACAAAUGGAAAUGGGACCUUGGUCGUCAUUUUGACAAGAGUCACCACAAAGCUAUGAACCCAUACAAAAAGAAUGGAUUUUUUGGCAAGGCUCAUCAUGUACCAUGCAAAAUGGACACUGACUCCAUUGAAGGCCGCAACUUGAAGCAAUCGACCCAGCCCCUUGGUGCGCAGCCACCCCACGAGUUGUUCACUGCCAACGGCUGUUGGUUUUCUUUCAGUUCGACGGGAUCAGUUCCGAUCAAACAGAUUUUGACACAGCAGACGCUAAAUGUGGAUGGUAGUAAUACCGCGUGCGGUAACACUGUUGCAACAAAAUCCAAGGAGUACUUUUUCCUUGCACCUUCGACAGAUCAACGCAGUGGCCACCGUUUCCAUUCCACGUGA